AUGUUAUCUACUGAACGUCGUCGAACGCAUCGAUCAAUGUUACAAGCGCCAAAAAUUACAAAUAUGCUAAAGCAUUCGAUUCUGGGUACAUUGUCACCGGAGACGUCCAUUACAACGUCAAGCGGCUAUUCGACAGGUGGCUCUUCAGUGUCAACGACAAGGAAUACAUCGUCGAAGAAACCAUCGCCAUCAAUUGCUUCAAAACAACAACAUCAGCAACAACACGAACAAUACGAUGCCAAAUCAAAGGACUAUUUUUCAGGUUUCCAUCAUCUUUUCUCAAAAUUAAAAAACUUCCUCGUACCGUCCAAAUCCAAGCAUACGCGACGGGUCAGAGUGAUGAAUUCCCGACAAAUAUCGUCAACGAACAUCCUUCGUCAAUACCAUCAACAAUCAACCAUCUACGAUGUACUUCCGUCAUCGCUUGUUGCAAGUAACACAAUCUCGUUACCAUUUACAUAUUAUCAAGAUUCACCAAUUCAACAGUCAAAGACAACUUAUGACAAAAUAUCAGCAUGGCUCGAUCAGCAAGCGAAAAUAACGCAGACUGAACUCGAUCAUCAAGAUUUACCGUAUAUUCAUGACAAUCAGCAACAGUCAACAACAUACACAGAUAGUAAAGUGAUUUCUACUGUCAUGCGACAAACGCCAACAAAUAUUAAACCACCACGACGAAGUUCAUCGUUAGUGGCACGUAUUACUCGACCUAUUGUUGAACAUCAAGCUGAAAAAUCACUUUCGCCAUCGUCGUCAUUUUCUUCAUCGAUUCUUACGAAAGGAAUGACCGAGAGAAUGACACCGUCACCAACUGCACCACAAAUAUUUGACAAACGAUCUUUAAAAUCAAAUCGUCGACGUACAAUGGAUUUUUCUCAACGACAAUCGACUAUCGAUGUCGAUAAACAUAAAUCCAAUAAGGAAAAUCAAUCACUUAAACAUACAGAUAAAUCUUUACCAGGUGUUUAUCAAUUUCCUCCUUUCUCAUCAACGAACAAAAACGAAAUGUCGUUUCAAUCAGCGAAACAUGUCGUCGCCAAGAAAUAUUAUUUUCAUUCAAAUCCAACAAAAUCCGUCGAUGAAGAUUUAUUGAAUAAUUCCUAUGGAUUGACACUUCUCAAUCAACAACAACAACAACAACAACCUCAGCAACCACGGCCAAGACGUUCUGUUGGUGCAGUUCUUAUGAUCUCUCAAGUUCCUAAUCAAGUCUCGUCUCAGAAAAGCGUUCAUCCGCACCAACGAACAUCUAUCCCUCAGCAAACAAUGGACUCUUUAGAUGAUCUCUUAUGUGAUCGUGAAGUUGAAAGUUAUUUUUAUCCAAUUCCUCAGUCGACAUCCGAUCAUGUCUAUAUGAACUUGGACAAUCCAUCGGAUUCUUGUUCGACCUCCUUGUCUUGUAUACAUGGUACUCUAUGUUAA